UCCAGUGCUGUACAGUGACAGAUUGUAACAGAAAGACGCACAAGUCAAGGAAAUUCCAGACGGCAGGAAAAGCUCUUGAAUUUUAUAGGAAAAACAUACAUAUAUUAUAAUUUUUCCACCAUGGACGCAAGAAUUAGACGCAAUGAACCUAUUAGCCGUGACGAAGUGCAGCGGCUACUUAGAAACCCAUCAAAUAAACCCCACCGAAUGCUCUUAUUUCUGGACACAAGAUUUGCUAGUGAAGACAUGAGGACCCCCGGCCGUGUGAUGCCUGACAUUCACAUCUUUUCCGGACCGUUGGUGGAAAAUUUGAGACCUGGACCCUUUGUGCCGUCCAGGGAGCACUCUUGGGUUUACUCCGGCCUCAUGCAACAACCCAUAGUUAGCCCUGCCCAUCCUGGACGAGUGCGCUACACUGCUGUGCCUCAAUGGAGUCCUCCAACGCGUCUGGGACUGGGAAGAAACGUGACUUUUCCGGACGACAUCUUGGACCUGAUACUGAUCGUCAUGGUAGUUAACCCCGAAAUCGACACCCUAAUGCGCCUCGAUCCCAUUAAGGCCAUGUCCCUGCUGCUGCGCAUUGCCAACUACUUUCUCAACUGAGUCGGAAUAGUAACAGAAAACUAUGCCUCGGAAUUGUAAAUUUGUCUUAUUUUACUAGUUAUUUGACAAUGGGAUGAACGUUGAAACCCAUUAAUAAAUUGUUAUUCCUUUUGAGCGAAAUAAGCGAAGUCAGCAAAAAACUGAUUGAUGUUAGUAAGAAAUCUCUUUGAAUGUGUUUCCCCAAUUUUGAAUACAACUGUAAAACAAUCUUUCUUUUGAAAGUUUAAA